AUGGCGACACCAGCUGUUGGCUGUCGCGUGCGCAUCCUCAAGGACUACGCAACUGUCCGCUAUAUCGGCCCGGUAGCUCAGCAGCAAGGCACCUGGGUGGGCGUGGAAUGGGACGAUCCUACGCGCGGCAAACACGAUGGCAGCACCGCUGGUGUCCGCUACUUUACUUGCGCUUCCGGCACCACAUCCGGGUCCUUUGUCAGAAUCGAACGCGUGAACUUUGGCGUGACGAUACUGGACGCACUGCGCGCGCGUUACAACAACGAAACAGCCGAGCAUGGCGAGAUCGUCGCGCCAGAGGAGCUCUAUGUGCAUACGUCCCGCAGGCGCCGUCUGCAGGUUCAGCUCGUGGGUGAAGACAAGAUACAGCAGAAACAGCGUCAAAUCCACAUGCUGACUUCGGCAAGGCUAGUAGGACUCGAUGUCUCAGCCGUGGUAAGCGGGAUCGACCUGUCAACGUGA